AUGUCCAGUAACAACGUCACCAUCGCACUCGAACUUGGUGACGGUUCUCAUGUUCCAUUUGAACUCAGUAGUCGCAUGCGUAGGCGAUGUUUCGUAUUGAGCGCGAUACCCCCAGGUGCUAUACUGCGAGGUGUGCAAUUCGAGCCUUUCCGAGCUGUGAUGAACUACCUGGACAGCGGAGAGUGCCCCCCAAUCUUCACAGGUCUGGCCGAGGGCAACGCAUCCCUGCUUCUCUUCGCUCAAACGUGGGUGCUAGCGGCGCAACUUGGUCUAACUGGAUUGCAGAAUGAUCUCAUGACGAUGAUGAUCGGCAUUCAUGCCAACAUCGUCGACGGAAGAGGUGCAGACUUAGACUUCCAGUAUACUACCGACGAGUCCCUCCUCGAAGCUUUUCAACAUCUUCGAGACCAGAUCGGACGCAACAGUCAUGCCGAAAACUUCCUCAUAUGCUUUGCUGGUAGGACAGCACCUUCGAUCAGCGAACUAGAACGAAACCUCGAUACUACGAAGACUGACCCUGCUAUUCGAAAUGAGAUAUUGGCGGAAGCACGAUCCUUUAGUCCAGAUCCCAUCAAGAAUCAGCCAGAGGUGUUCUUUGUUAACGACAGGAUGCCUCCUUCAUACCCACAACUUGAGAUACAGCCAAACAAAACAGGUUUAGGUAAUGGACGUUGGACGUCUGCUCACACAACACAUCCGAUCGAUGUAAACGACGCCGAUAGACCACAACUGACCAAGACUUUUGGAGAGUUCGGUAAUGGUACACAAAAGCACUCCUCAAAGAUCCCUAAGCACAAAUAUCAUGUAGGCCAUCUCAGAUCUCCAGAUUCUACUCACACGCUACUACAUAGCUCGUUCUCCAACCAGCCAGAUGAGGCUUGUGAUCCCGGAGUGCGCAUACAUGUGGGCGACCCCGAUGACCCAAAUCUGUCGUAUCCUUCACAGGGUGUGGAAAAUCACAAUGGUGACCUUAGUGCUUCCACUGUAGACCAUGAUGGCGUGUUGCACUUGGAUCGACCUCUAUCAUUACCAUUGCCAUCGGCCCUACCGCCGCUUUCCUCACCAUCACCACCAUCGGCAUCCCUGCAAUGCCCACGCCCGCCUGUGUCCUCACACACCCACUUAUCAUCUCACCGAUCCUUUGUUGGUUCCCAAGAUCGAGGACUCAAGGCGCCGUGCGUCAUCCAGGUCUACCAGUAUAACAACAAGGCGCACGACAACGCGUAUCGCAUCCAGAACGAGAGCGAAAGUACUGUAGCAGCCCAAGUACAGGGCCGUGGUAAAGGCGGAGUUAGGACUGUACGAGCAGUAGCAAAUAGUGGUAGACAAAGCCAAAAGCUAAUCAGGCAAAGGAAAGGGAGACGAUACAAAUGGUUCUCCCUCUUGACUUGUGGUAGUAAGCACUACUAG